AUGCCUUGCAGAACGGCUCUUACUCUCCUCUCGCUUGUCAGCCUAAUCUCUGCGCACACAGUCAUUACAUAUCCUGGCUGGAGGGGAGACAAUUUGGUAUCGAAUGGCACGACGGUAGAGACAAAUGGUCUUGGACAAUAUGCGAUUGGAGACUCCGUGGAACAGCAGGAUUACCUUUAUCCCUAUGGAAUGCAGUGGAUGUAUCCAUGCGGCGGUAUGCCAACUUCUCAAAAUCGCACCAAAUGGCCAGUAAAAGGCGGCGCGGUCGCGUUUCAGCCUGGCUGGUUCCAAGGCCACGGAACAGCCUUCAUUUACAUCAACCUUGGUCUGGGGACAACCCCUCAAAAUAUGUCCAACGUUAUGCUAAGCGGGGUUCAAAUCAUCGGCCCCAGCAAAGAUCCAUAUCCAGGAAGUUUCUGCUUCCCCCAGGUUCCUCUCCCAGCCAACAUCACAGUCAACGUUGGAGAUAAUGCAACUAUCCAGCUCAUCGAGACUGCAGUCCAUGGUGCCGCGCUGUAUAACUGUGUCGACAUUACCUUUGCUGACCCCGAGGACGUCCCGGAAGUUAAUGCCAGCAACUGCUUCAACUCGAGUCAGAUUACGAGCGACCUGAUCUUCACGACUUCCGCACUGGCAUCUGACUCGAUAGAGUUGUCAAGCAACCGGUUCGGGUAUUUGAGCACUGCGCUCGCCGUGGCACUUGGUCUGCUACUGCUAUGA